AUGGCGAAACAGGUUCUUUUUAGGAAUCACAAUCCAAUACGGACAGCAGCUCGACAAUUCCAAAGGGGCAGUCUCCUAAUCGUUCAAGUAAGUUUUCUGUUUGGCUAUUACUUAUAUAAAUUUCAGAUGGAGGGCAUGCAACUAGCACUCCCAAACAAAAGCGAAGAAGACAUGAGCAAUCGGUUACCCAGCGGAGACAUAGGCAUCAUAAGAAAGGAUCUCACUGGCCAGCCGGUAUAAAGGAAAUACUGGCUGGGCAAAGAGAACUAAAAGCCCAGAUGGAUGCAAUUAUGGAGGUUGUUCGUCACCUGGCGGCAUCCAACUCACUGCCGUCAGCCGUUGACACACCAAUUUUGCAACGAGUUUGCACAUUGGCUGGUUAUGACGAGCUGACGACACGAGUGUCGGACGCGUCAUACAGGCGGAAUAUGGUAAACAGCCUUCCUUAUUAAUAAUAACCAAAUUCAGGUUGCCUACCUCUCAACCAUGGGGGGUGACACUGUUUCGGCCUUUGCCGAACGACUACUUUUCACAAUUUUUUUCUGAGGACGUAUCGGAGUUCCUUACUUUCUACGGAAGAAAACCGGGUACACGGGCUUUUUUUGACAGUCCGGUGUAUUCCGUGAUACUGGGUAGGAUUUGCAAUUAAACCUAAUAAACAUUCACAUUGCAGAUAUCUUCCAACGAUGGAAUACGGAACGCCACUCGGACCGCCAACAAUUAGAGAAUGCUUUUAAGAAUGCGUUUAAGAAGUGUCACGAUCGGUAUCAAAGAAAGUGCCAUAGGGCAUCGCUAAGUAGGCAAACAAAUGGUACCUGUUAAUAUAUUUAUGCUAUUACUAUGUACAAUAAAUCUUAAUAUGUUUACUUACCACUGCCACAUCUUUCCCUUUUAGACCGGUCCUCAAAUAUCGAAGGAGGCGCUGAUUAG